AGCGCAGCUACUCUGGUGUGAGUAUCGUCCUGCUUAUUGCCUGUGAGGAACCCGAAAGAGCCAGAAAAGAGUGUGUGAGAGAGAGAGAGAGAGAGAGAGAGAGAGAGAGAGAGAGAGAGAGAGAGGGAGGGAGAGAGAGCUAGAGAGAGCUAGCGUGAAAAGGGAGAGGAGUGGAGGAGGGAAUACAGUUCGGUUUGAUAGCGUACAACUGGAAAACUACUAAACCUUGAGAACGCACGGAGCGAAGGCAUCAACUGUUCCAAUAUUCCAGUCUCGGUUCGCUGAAACCGGAUUCAAACGAGAAUGGAACUACCUGCAGCCGGAGAGCAUGUCUUUGCGGUAGAAGGCAUUGAAAAAAAACGCAUUCGGAAGGGUAGAAUAGAGUAUCUCGUGAAGUGGAGAGGGUGGUCUCCCAAAUACAACACAUGGGAGCCGGAGGAAAACAUCCUUGACCCGCGCCUUCUCGUCGCCUUCCAAAACAGAGAAAGACAGGAGCAGAUGAUGGGGUAUCACAAACGGGGCCCAAAACCAAAACAUCCUUUAGUCCAGGUUCCAUCUUUUGCCCGGAGAUCCUGUAUCCCAGCCGGUUUUGAGGAGACAUCCCAGGAUGCAGAGAACCGCCUCAAGUCUGACCUGGUCCAGAUGCAGAGGUCUCAGCCCCAGCAAUAUCAGCUGAACAGCAAGAAGCACCACCAAUACCAGCCCAACAGCCAGGAGGUCCCCGCUGACCAGGUAGCCAAUGGGAAGAAGAAAUACUUCUACCAGCUCAACAGCAAGAAGCAUCACCAUUACCAGCCUGACCCCAAGAUGUAUGACGCCCAGUCGACCAGACCCAAGGAGGUCAAAGUUCAAGAGGCCGUCAGCAAACCAUCUAAUCCUGGUUGGAACCUGCCCCCGGCACUGCAGCAGAAAUGGGUGCGGGACAAAGACACAGGCUGCCUGAGCAAAGUCAAAGACCUGGUUGUGGAGACCAAGAAACCACUGUCCAGCCUCAGUGAGGGUGAGAGCGAACUAGCCGUAAAGCCUGGCCCCAAAGAGGCAUCCCUACCCAGUGCCCUCAGUAGCAAGAUGAAGAUUAUCAAGAACAAAAACAAGAAUGGACGCAUCGUCAUAGUCAUGAGCAAAUACAUGGAUGGAAACAAGGCUCAGUCAUCAAAGGGUAAACAAGAAGACCCAGAAAGGGAGGAACAACAACAAAACACCAAGCAGUUAGAGAACUACCCCUCGGACAGAUCCAAAACAACUGGAAUCUUGCACCAGGACAACAGUGUCCCAAAAGAGAUCUGUAAUGGCAGUUCACCCCCUGCUGCAGAACACCCGGAAAAAUGCUGCCCAAAGGAAAGACAUUUCUCUAAACCUUCUCCGAGUACAGCAGAGGAAUACAAUACUGAAGUAGCAAGGGGUCAGGCGGACUUACCGGAUGACGUGCCCCUCCAGCUAACUCCCAGGUCUCCCCCAACACCAUGGGCAAUGGACACCAGCAUCCCUACACGGACGACAGUGGACCACAUCCGGAUCCCUUCGAUCCCCAUUGACCGAAAACGGAAGCUGUCUGAGCCUGUGGUGGACAGGAGUGUGUGUAAGAAGGUUCUCAGCUCCAGGAGUCUCAGUGUGCCCAGUGCUGCACUAUCUCCGCCCCAGGACAAGCCAAUGGACCUCCAUUGCAGUGGCCCACGCCUGAGCAGUGGAUGUGAGGUUACGGACCAAACUAGUCAGGACGAGCCCAUGGACCUUAGUUGUCCAAAGAACAAGAAACAACCUGAGCUAGAACUAGCACCAGCACCUGAGCCUGAUGUUAAGACCUCCAUCACGAUGGAGGAGGAGUCUGACAGAAUCUCUGAGAGGACGAAGGCAGAGCCUACCCUGACAUUUUCACCUUUCAUGGGAAAUAUUAUCAUCACGGAUGUUACUACAAACAGUCUAACUGUCACAUUUAAGGAAUAUGUUCCUGUAUAAAUAGCUCUUGGACAACAUUGGAGUACUUGAGGGAGUUGGGGGGGCAUGUCAAUAUGUGUACAAAUAAUUAAAAAAAGAAGAAAAAAAGAAGAAUGAACAUUUUGUAUAUAUGGAAAAAUUUAUAAUUUAUCUUUCAAAUCAAUAUGUUUCUUAUGAUGCUUUAUACUGUAACUCCUCUGAUGUAGAAAUGCCAAGAAAGUGCCCUCAUGGAUUUGAGUGACUGCAUUCAGGUGGAUUUAAUUUACCAGUGUAAAGAUCCAUUGUCUGUAUGGAACUUCAGGUGUAAUGGAAUAUCUUUUGCUUUUGUUUCAUAAAGGUGCUACAAAAAUACCCACCAAACCUAUAGCCUGAGAUAUAUAAAGUUUUAUAGAUAUUUUAUACUUAAUAAUGGCAACUAUUUUGGUCCAAAUAAAAGGUAGGCUUGAAGUAGUUAAUUGAUAAUCACAGUGAUCCAAGAUCAGUUUGAAAGCACUUAAUUAUAUUUGCAUUCUUGGUUUGAGUUUUACAUCCCUCUUAAUGCUUUUCAGUAUAAUCUAGUCCAGUGUAUUCAGUCAGGUGCCUACGAUAUUGUUUGGUUUGUGGAGUGUAGGAGGAAUUAAUGGACGAUGCAAAUGUACAAUGUGGUAGUAUCUAGCACCCAUAUUGACUCUACCCACUAAUGAUAACAUCAAUGACUGCAUUGUGUUUCAAGUACCUGUUAACUUAUCCUCCAGUACUUUUAUGACCCUUUUAAAAGUUGAUUCUUAAAGGUUUAAGACAAUACAGAAACAAAUUAACUGAGUGUGAGAUAAAUGUUUAUUUUAUUGCUUAGCGAAAGGUGUAUGUGUAGUAACCAUUAUGUAAAUUACCUCUCAACAAUGAAUUGUGAUGGACUGAGUUUCUUCGAUCAAUACUACAUUUUUUUCCAUACAUGCAAAUUCAGAUUUCUAUUUUUAAAGUAAUCCGGUAAUCCAAAUUGUGAGUUUUUUUUAAAUGCUAUAGAUCGAUUAUAUAAUUCCAGAAAGCCAAUAUUUGAUCAAUAUGCAUUUGAGUUUCCUAUUAACGUUAGAAUUUUACACUUACACAUAUUCAUCUCAGCCAGCCACAAAAUUAGCUUUACUCUGAUCUGAAAGAUACACGUGACUGAUGAAAGUUCAGCACAAGGGUUACUUAAGGGUUACAGUUCUUCUUGAACACUCAUCUCUUAAUAUCCCUCUUCUAGAUGAAGAGGAUUUUAAGAUUAGCAUAUACAAUUCAAUGAGCACAAGCUUGAUUAUCACAAAUGAAUGCUGCUAAACAUGAAAGUGUCAUAGUGUAUCCUGUGAGAGAAUUAGAAUGUAACCUUGAUAUGAGUCGAAAUGACUGCAAGCCAAUGACUACACACUGACUGCAAAGCAGUAAGAUUGCUAUAACGGAAAUCUGGGAUUUUUAACGUAUACAUGGUAAUGACCAUACUAAACAGCUACAUAUUUUCUCAAUACUGUACUGUCCAAUAUAAAUGUAAAAUUAAUGUUGCAUCAAAACCUUACAAUAAUACUGUUAAUCCAUAACAUUUGGCAUUUCAGAAAAGACAAUGUGUCCUUUUGUUGACAUGACUUCCAUGCACUUGGUUCAAAAGGCAAGAUGUUUUCUGAAAAGGUGGGGCUUUGGGUGGAGCUGGUCCUGUCUGUUGGCACAG